AUGUCUAAUUCUUUGAAAGCACUAGAUAAAAAAAUUGCAAAAAGAAGACAAGUUUACAAACCACUUCUGGAUUCUCCAUUUAUUCGUGAAUCUAAUUAUUGGCCUCGCAUUAAAGACCAAAAAAUUGUCACUCACCUACUACAAAAUUCCAUUUUAAACAAAUGUAAACAUUUCGAAUCAUCGUCAAUACCGAGAUCAGAAUGGCCCUGGGAUAUCCUUUUUGAUUUCAAUGAAAUAAUAUCAUUUCUGUCGUCAACCGACAGUCAUGACAAAGACGACUCUGCGAUUUUGUUUGUUUGCAAUAAGGACCAAGACAUCCCUGCAAUUCUUCUACAACAAAUCCCCAUAUUAUGUUAUUUGUCCCAAAGGAAAGUAUCCCUUAUUCAAUUACCGCGAGGUUCAUUGCAAAUGUUUCAGGAAGCUAUUACAGAUCGUGCCAUAGAUAAUGGGUUAUUAUUGCUUCGUGGUAACUCUAAAUUGGAUUCAUCUUUUGUUAGACAGAUUGAAUAUUCAAUAGAAGAAGAUACCAAUCCUUUAACAAUCCCAUGGCUAGAAUCUUUAAAGUAUAAACCAUCUGACAUUAAAUUAGUUAAAUCAUCGAUGCCACUUCAACAGAAUAAAGUGAAAAAAAUCAAGACACCACACCGAAAGUAA